AUGGGGCGGGCUACGGAUGUCAUUCAGAAAGUCCAAGCCGGACCAUGGUCUGCUGAAAACAAAGUUGCGCUCACGCAGAGCGUCAACGAGGCUUUUCUGAAGGGCGGAAGCAAGAAGACGUCAUGCCGUGAGAAGCAAACCUGCUUCAAUUUUGGGGCAUACUUGACGAAGAAGGAUCUCGAGCAGCUGAGGGGACAGAGUGCUGCAGCCAUGAAGUUGGACAUCGUGACCAAUCGGAUGGUUCGCAUUGGGCUUCACUUGCCAACAGAGCAGACCAGCGGCCACAUCCUGCAGACUGCAGCGGCAUGUGGCCUCCAGUUGCAGGUGGGCAAGCAGUCUGUUGAGAUGCUGGGCUCCAUGAAGAAGAUGUUGAAGUCCAAGGUCAAGAAGCUGAAGGCUCAAGAUGGCGCUGGUCAACUCCAGAAGAUUGAGCAUGUGGUGAAAUAUCCGAGCGAGCCUUCGGCUUCAAUGAUCGAGAGCCUGUACGACCAGGACGACAAGCCAGAAAAGUUGGAUGGCCAGGUGUGUCAGAGUGCAGAAGCAACGUGCGCCGGCUCACAGCCAAUGGGGAACAUGCAACCACAGAUGAUGGAGAUGUUCCAGAUGUUCCAAACGUUCCAGCAGAUGCAGCACAUGGUGAACCAGGCGGGCGGCAGUGGCAGCAGUGGCAGUCAGCAGAAGACUGAAGAGGGAUUGGCAGGUCUUCAGAUCUUUAGUGACGGAAAAGGGAAGAAGCGUGAAUUUGCCACUCCUCCCAGUGCUGCAAAGAUUGGAGAUUCACCACCUUCAAACGAUCCCAAACGCAGUGACAGUCAAGAGGAGUCGAGAGAGAAGGCACCAGCAGUUCUCUCACUUCCACACUUGCCUCCUCCGCUUCCAGUGGAAGAGCAGGCAGCUUUGGUGGCUUCAGCGACCAGGGAACGUCUUAAGGCAAAAGCUGCAGCUGAGGCUGCAGCUGGCACGCAGGAAGCUAAGCCGAGGGCAAAAGCAAAAGGCAAAGCAGGUGCCAAAGCCAAGAGCAAAGCCAAGAGCAAAGCCAAAGCUACAAGCAAAAAGAAUGCCACGCGUGAUCAUGCAGAAGCACCGGUGGCUGAGGCCGAAGAUGGCGAGGACAAGAAACCUUCCGCCAAGAAGGCGACAAAGAUGGAGGACCGGAAGAUUUGGGGCAAGGGUGAGAACCCGCCCGUGAUGGAGAAAGGUGCCAAGACCACAUACUACCGAGGUGGCAAGGUGCACCGGAAUUCUGACGCCUUUCGGGUCUUCAAACAGGCGCAAGACCGCUGCGACAGAAAAAUCAAGAUAGAUCCAAAUGAUAUCGAGGGCUGCUGGAAGAAGGCCUUGUCCGUCAUCGACGCAUUUGAAGAUGCUGAAGACGCUGUGAGAGAGCACGGCCUGCCUGAGGCAAUAUCCAGGCAGACCUUGAAAAGGACCCGAGCGUCAGCCCUGCCAAAAGAUACACCGCUGGGCCCUGUGUUCAAGGAUGUUGAGGUCACAACGCAUACAAACAACACCAUGAAGGUACCGUGCGUUUCUCCACUUCCUUUGCUUUGGCAUUCAGUCAGGUCACGCCCAUCUUUCAGUGAGUGGUUCUGGGAGAAAGCGCAGAACUCCAACAUCUCCACACCACUUCGAGUUGCUCUGUACUGUGACGAGGUCUUACCAGGCGAUGCCCUCAAGGCCACCAAUCAUAGGAAGAUGGUUUGCUGGUAUUGGACAAUCCUAGAAUACGGCCACCAUUGUUCUCGCGAAGAACUCUGGACGCAUCUCUUGACUCUGAGAACUGUCCACGUCAAGAAGAUAGCCGGCGGUUACAGCCAGCUGUUUCGUCGGGUUGUGGAACUCUUCCACACGGCCCCCUUUGAUCCCAAACUUGGCGUUUCGUUGCACUUCCAUGGUGUUGGGGACAGGUAUGUGUUUCUUAGUGUGGGCCAGCUGGUUGCAGAUGAGGUCGCACUGCGACAGGCUUGGUCCGUAAAAGGCAGCGCCGGGACGCUGUGCUGCUUAUUUUGUCAAAGCGUGUGCAACUACCAUGUAGACCUUGACUUCAACUCUCGAGGCGAACUUGUGCCUUCCUACAUCAGGAGUCUUCGCGCUGCACGACAACAUACUGAUGAAUCAGUCAAGGAAGCUGCAGUCAUGCUCAACGCGCAGCGCGCAAUUCUCAACAAGACUCAGUUUGAUGGACUUGAAAAGUCUGUGGAGCUGACGUGGUGUGAAGAAGGGGCUUUGUAUGACCCUCAGUUUUGGAACAUGGUCAAAGGACCUGUCAGCAUGACUUCAUUCGAUUGGAUGCAUUGCUACUUUGUCAACGGCAGCUGGUCGAGCGAGGCGGGACUUUUGCUAGAUGUUCUGCGGGCUGAGCAUGGGCCUGGGGGGCUGGCCCAAUACAUGGACAAUUUCCAAUGGCCUCAGAAGGUGAGCUCACGGUCUUUGACGGGGCAGAAGGCUGUUCAGGCUCACAAGUCCGGGCCUCUCUCCUGCUCAGCCAGUGAGGGACUAGCUUUGUAUCCGAUGAUCCGCAGCAUGUUGGUGGAACUCUUCCCUUCACCUACUGCAGGAUCAUCAGAUGCAAUUGGUUCCUACUUUGCGUUGUGCAAGGUUCUGGAUCUUCUUGUUGAAUCGAGGUGCCGAGGCGUUUCCCCCUUCGAGUUAAACCAGUCCAUCGAGCGGCACCUGGAGAUGCGAUUGAAGGCUUACUCGCACAAGGCUUUCCACCUUCCGCGUGCGCUUCACAAGAACAAGAUCCUUCUGUCCUGCUGGGCUUUGGAGAGGAAGCGCCGGGAACUGAAGAAACAUGAAAAUGCUGCCACUAACGCUAACAAGAAGAUUUCAUGGGAGCGUGGCCUUUUGCAGGAAGCGGUGCUGACGCAGUUCUUGGAGCUUCAGAACUGGGACCCCAAGGAGGGAGUCAUCCUUACCAACCCUCAUGAGGCAUCAACUGAGUUGCUCAAUUUUGUUGUUGGCUUUUUAGGGCUGGCGCCUGCAGACCAGCUUGAAGUGUUGGUUGCCACGUCGGCCCUUUGCGACCAUGAGCAAAUUGGCAAAGGAGACGUCGUCGUCUCAAAGAUGAACUUUGUUGGCGAAGUGUGGUUUCACAUGCGUGCACGUUCCCAGCAAGUCACCGGCUUUUACACGGUGCUGUCAAAGUGGGAAAGUUUGGGCGGCAAUAGGUUCCGAGUUUGCAAUGACCCUUCGAUUGUCCUCACGACUGAACUCGUGAAGUCUUUGCCUUCCCGAAAGGAAUCUGACCUGGCCUUGGUUGCGCCAUGA